AUGGCACGCUCCGCGAGAAUAUUGGCGAACCCUGUCCACUUUUCGACAUCAUCUCGACCUUCAAUCCUAGUUUACCGAUCCCUAUGGCGUAGGCAGCCUGACUCGGUGACUUUUGCGCGGCUGGGUACCACAAAGGCUGGGACGCGCGUUGAGUAUAAUUGGAUCGAGGGUGUUGAGACACUUGAAGAAUAUCAGCCUGGGGGUUAUCAUCCCAUUAUGAUCGGUGAUGUGUUACAUGGCCGUUAUCAUAUUGCAGACAAACUUGGCUUUGGGGCCUAUUCAACGGUUUGGCUUGCCCGCGAUGCUCAUAUGAACCGAUAUGUCACUCUCAAGGUCAGCAUAGCCGACUCAAUUCAACAUGAGACGAAGGUUCUUCAGGCUCUGUCUGCUCCGCAUCCGUCGUCUUUGCCGAUACAUUCUGGUCGUGGUUUAGUACCUGUUUUUCUAGAUGAAUUCGAAGUGCAAGGUCCUAAUGGAAAACACACAUGCUACACAGUGCCUCCUGCACAAUGCAGCCUUAGAGAGGUCUCCCUUAGCCGUCUUUUCCCACUUGAAGUUGCUCGAGCACUAUCAUAUCGGCUCGCACAGGCAGUUGCUUAUAUACAUUCACAAGGCUACGUCCAUGGAGAUAUUCAUUUGAAUAAUAUUUUAGUCAAGCUCCCGUCAAAUUUCGAUGGGUUUUCUAUCAAGCAAUUUUAUGAAAAAUACGGCGAGCCUGGGACAGUGCCUAUCACACGAUGUGAUGGAGAACCAUUACCCCCUAAUGCUCCAACCAAAGCUGUUGUGCCACUAUUACUGGGGAGAUAUGCAGAGAAUUUCUCAUUAUCCGACGCUCACCCGCUUUUAAGUGACUUUGGUGAGGCGUUUUCCCCUGCUUCAAAAGCUCGUCUUGGGAAAGACUGCCAUACGCCAAUCGCGUUUCGGGCUCCAGAAGCCAAGUUCGAAUCUAAAGUCCCGCUCGGAUAUCCCUCAGAUAUUUGGAGUCUAGCUACGGCAAUCUGGGAGAUUAUCGGAAUGAAAGCCAUCUUUAGCACUGAAUUUGUGCACGAGGAUGAGGUAGUGGCUCAGCAUAUCGAUGUACUAGGACCUAUGCCAUCGGAGUGGUGGCAGCGCUGGGAAGGACGACCCCGAUUCUUUGACGAGGAUGGAAAUCCAACGAAGCGCUAUAUGGAAAAUAAGUGGCCUCCGUUUGAGGAAUCAUUUGAGAUCGGUGUGCAGAAAUGGAGACGGGAGAUAGGAAGCGAGAUUACGGAAGACGAGAAAACUGCGUUUCUGGACUUGAUGCGCCGGAUGUUAUCAUUCCGGCCAGAAGAGCGACCGACUGCUGAAGAGGUUCUAAUGUCAGAUUGGAUGGCCAAAUGGGCAUUACCUGAUUGCAAGCGGAGCUGA